AUGGGGAGAACCAAGCACAGAGGACUGCAGCCUGCCUGUCCCUCACCAGGGUCUGCGAGCUCCACCGGCGGGAAUCGCUGCGUGGCCGCGGCCGAGGCGUGCACAGCAGACGCGCAGUGCCAGCAGCUGCGCUCCGAGUAUGUGGCACGAUGCCUGGGCCGGGCGGCGCCCGAGGACUGGAGCGGACCCGGCGGCUGCGUGCGCUCCCGCUGCCGCCGCGCCCUGCGCCGCUUCUUCGCCCGCGGGCCUCCGGCGCUCACGCACGCGCUGCUCUUUUGCCGGUGCGAGAGCCCGGCCUGCGCCGAGCGUCGGCGCCAAACUUUCGCUCCGGCCUGUGCGUUCGCGGGCCCUGGGCCGGCGCCGCCCUCGUGCUUGCAGGUCCGGGACCGCUGCGAGCGCAGCCGCCUGUGCAGGCCUCGUCUCCUUGCCUUCCAGGCCUCGUGCGCUCCCGCGCUGGGCUCCCGCGACAGCUGCCCGGAGGAGCGGGGUCCGCGUUGUCGCCUCGCAUAUGUGGGCCUCAUAGGCACGGCGAUCACCCCCAACUACCUGGACAACGUGAGCGCGCGCGUCGCGCCCUGGUGCGGCUGUGGGGACAGUGGAAACCGGCUGGAAGAAUGUGAAGCCUUCCACAAGCUCUUUACAAGGAACCCUUGCUUGGAUGGUGCCAUGCAAGCCUUUAACCCUUUGUGGCCUUCAGUUCUGCAGGACUGGAUGAAGCCCUACCAGAAUACUGGGCAUUGUUUCCCACAGGUGUCCUCCAUGUCUGUACUCACUGCUCUGGCUCUCCAGGCCCUGCUCUGAUUAGGAGGUGGCCCGUGGACAGCACAGCCCACUGCUCGCAGAAGUGACACUUUCUUGCCCUCAGGCCUCUUACACCUGUGUGCCUGUCCCCUGGAUUGCGGGCUGGAGGCUAGGGUCCGACUGAGAAGCCUCUGGUUCCCUGUCAGUAGGUGUCUUGGCUGUUUUCUUCCCCAUCCUUGAGAUGGUCACCUCACUGGGCCCCCAGGGCUUAUAGAGCAGGGCAGAGACUAUCCCGACUCCUAGAAUUUGGAGCUGCCUCUUCCAAGCAGAUGAAGCACUUAGGAGAUCACACGGAGUUAGCAUUGCAGCCUGAAUACCCUCCCAGUCAGCCAUUGCUCACCAUUUAAGCCCUGCUUGUGCCCCAGGAUGACCAGCGGCAUUGCUUGCCACCUAUGACAAGCUGCUGUGUAGGCAUUGAAGACUCAGCCCCUUCCCCUUGCUCAGCAUCCUACUGGCUGCACAGCCUCUUCCCUUAUGGUUUCCCUAGAAUAGCAGCUCAA